AUGGGUAGCAAGGAUAGGAAUUUCUGGUUAACUGAUAUAGGUGGCCGGUUUAGAGACUUGCAUAUUCUUGGUUGUAAAGCUGGUACCAGUGGAGAUGCUUUUAUGGCUAUGGUAAAGACUAGGUUGGUGAAUGAACAAGGUAUGAAUUCUACACUUGAACUGUUUUUAUUUAAUGAUGAAGAAGGGAAUGCAUGUGAUAAGUGUGAAUCAGAAGAAAUGUUUAUUUCAUUUUGGAACAAAGGGAAAGUAAAUAAAGAUAAUUUGCCCAGUGAGGAAGAAAACUGUAGUAAAAGGGUAGAGGUUAGGAGGAGUCCAAGACUUAAUAAGACUGCUACUGUUAGUGGGCUUAAAGAUAUGAGACCAACAAGACUUGAUUUUGAGCAUGAAGAGCAAGUGGAAUUGACACAAGCAUCUGUUGCUGACAACCAUGUUCAUGAAUCUCAAAGUAUUCCUACACAGUCAUCUGUUGCAGCCAACCAUGUACAGGGGUAUGAAGAUGACCAGGUGAAUUUGCCUAAUGUACAUCAAGAUGAGUGUCAUCCUGAUGACAAGCCUGACUUUCUCUUUAAGGACUAUGAUGAGGAAGAGGAUGGUGAAGAUGAAAGUGAGGAUGAGAGUGGAGAUGAUAGUGAAGAAGAAACACAAGAACAGAUGAAUUAUGAAGAUUGGGUUUCUAUGUGUGCUAGGGGUAUAGAUGUUGGUAAUGACCCUGAUGAUUGUAAUGAAGAUUUCAAUGUAGGUGGCUUUUAUGAAGAGCAGAGUGCACCAGUGAAUGCAUCUUCAGAUGAAGAUCUUCCCAGCCAAGAAGUCACUCAAGAGGAAGAAGCUAAGUGGGAAGAAGAUUUUGGUCAGCAUUUAAAUGAACCACAACGUCUAGAAAUGAUAAAUGAAGAUACUCCUGAGGUCACACCUGGUGAAAUAAGUACUGGUAUGGCUUUUGGAAGUAUGCAAGCUUAUAAGGAUCAUUUAAGAGAAUAUGCAGUGUUGAAACACAGGGAUUUUAAGGUGAAGAAAGGAGAUAAAAUCAGACACUAUUCUUACUGUGCUUACAGGGAUGCCCAAAAGUGUGCUUGGAUGGUGAAUGCAAGAAAGGUACCAGAGAAAGAUGAUAUGACAGUCACAGUCAGAGAAUGCAACAUAGAACACACUUGUAAAAAUCCCAAUGAAGACUACAGCAGAAAAUGCAAUGCAAAAUUUGUAGCUAAGUACUUGUUGAAGACGAUGGAUGUUGCUUCACCAGUGGAGAAGGCAGAUGAUAUAGCUAAGAAAAUCAUUAGACCUCAGUUGCAAACUGAAAUACCAAAAUGGGUUGCUCGUCAUGCAAGGAGAUUGGUGCUAGCAGAAAGGGAUGGAACAUUUGAGACUUGUUACAAAAAAACACCACAAUUGGUCAUAGCUGCUACCUCAUUGAACCCAAGGAGCAUAGGUCAUUUCAGCUGGUCCAGAGAUGAUAAAGAUAACAGAUUUGAGAGUCUCAUUUUGGCGUAUAAUGCACAGAUAAAAGGUUUUAUGAAUGGUUGUAGAAUGGUUAUUGGGUUAGAUGGAGCUCACCUAACUGGUAAGUUUGGUGGUGUGAUGCUUUCAGCAACAGGUAUAGAUGCUCAGAAUGGGACUGGUAUCAACAUUCUACAUCCACACAGAUUGAGAGAUAAGGGAAGACCUUGUGUCAAGAGAAAGAAGUCUUGGUAUGAGAAGAACAAGCAGCCCAAAAGAGUAACAAAGUGCAGUGUAUGUAAAGGUCUUGAUCAUAACAUCCUUACCUGUCAAGGUCCUCCAGUUGGUUCUAAUCCAAAGAAGAAAGGAGUUAGAAUGGAAUGUUCUGUUAAUGGAGAUGAGUUUUGUAUUACUGCUGCACCAACAAAGAAGAUGAGGAAGGCCUUGUCUGCACCAACUACUGCAACAACAUCUGCAUCAAAGACUGCUACUGCUGAUGUACCACCAUUUUCAAAGGGUAAGGAAGCUGCUACUACACCAUCUUCUUCUACAGCUGGUUCCCAGAAAAAGUGUAAGGCAACUGCACCAUCCUCCUCCGCUGCAGUUGAUGUUGGAUCUAAAAGGAAGGUACCAUCUACUUCUUCUACACCUUCUAGUGCCUGUUUUAACCAGAUUUUUAAUGGUACUGUUAACAUUUCUAGCCAAACAAUCAACAUUACCGAACCAUCAUCAAAAAGGGUUAGAAAACCUAACUCCAAGUAUCAACAAUAG